AUGGAAAAUUUAACAAGUUCACAAAUCAGCAAUAGCUCUGAUAGUAAUUUGAUCAAUCAUAAUGAAUAUUUACCAACAAAUGAAGAAUUUGAAACACUAUUAUCGUCAUACUCGGUCGUCAAUGAAAACGAAAAUAUCGAUAUAUUACUUGACGUAAAUUCAAGCCUGACAGAUUUAUCGUUAUGUGGUAGUCAAGGUCAAAAACGACCUUUUGAAGAUAGUCUGAAUAAAGUUGUACAUAAUAAACGUUCUGAUUCAUCCAAUGAUUCUAUUGUUGAUGAUAUUUUGAUUUUAAAACAAAAAUAUAUUGAACUUGAAUAUAAAAUUAGAAGAACAUUGGAUGUGUAUGUAAUUUGUUUUUAUUCAAGUUUUUCAUCAUCAACAAAUUCAGCUAUGGAUCCGAAUUUCGUUGAAAUAUCAAAUGUUUCACGUGAUGAUCAAGAAAAUAUGAAUGUUGGUAAAGGGACAUCUAUGACUGAUAUAUUACUUAUACUAAAGAUGGAUGCAAAUAAACUUACGAAAUGUAAUAAAAAGACAGCAACCGCUACGGCGCGAUCUGUAAUCAAAUCUAUGUAUCCUAAUUGUGAUUCCAAUUUUCGAUAUAGUGAUGUCGAUAAGUCCAUUAUUGAUUGCAUCAUUGAAUAUACAAAGUUUUCUAAUCCGAAUGAUAAAGCUUCUGGUACAGAACGUCGUCGAGCCAUUAGCAAUUACUUUGGAUAUUUAACUCAUCAAAGAAAACUNAUCUGUCUUCUUUGCAUCCCUUAA